AUGUUUUUUCCACCAUCUUGCGUGCUGCCAAGCCCAAUCUCACCUACCGACAAUUGUGCCAAGCCAGCCGCCUUGUCUGAUGCGCUAUGCCUUUCUUCAAAUUUUUCUACUGCCGAUACGGUCAGCAAUGCGAAUAUUUUGUCGCCCGUUUUAGACAAGUCGUCAACUAUUCAUUCGCGUUUUGAUGUCAACGAUGCUAUAGCAGGUACAGGGCGUCCACCGCUUGCUCCAAUUUCUGCUGACACUACUAGUGGAUCAGCGAAUUCUCUUAAAAUAGUACUUCAUGGACUUCCAGUUGAAAUCCCAUCCAAGACACCUGACCGCAAUAAUUUCAACCGGUUGUCUUUUGAGUAUUCUCAAGAAAGUAACCUCGAGGCACACGGUCAUGCGUACAAAGGCGUUGUGUCUGAUUCUGCCAAUAUUGGCACAGAAAACAAGACCACGGAUCAUGCCUAUGUUGACUAUGUUAGUCAUACAGAUGGCACAGCUGAUAGUUCAACUCCCUCGCUGGUAUCUCCAUCUCAUGAUGAAUCUCAAAUAACCGUCAGCUCGUUCAUCAUCAAAAGCCAUGAAAAGCCAACCCAUUACUCUCGUUCAUCAAGUGUAUCUGCCUCUUGUAUCAACUACAAGAAAUUCACACGAGACACACUUCAUCACAUCAAGGUUUACCACGAUUCAUUGUUGAUGCUUGCCGACUGUGCUGAAGCCAAGUUAAAACGAUACGUGCCUCGAUUUGGUAUUAUGGCGGACAAACAUGUUCCUAUUGUAAAUGGAAACACGGCCAUACCUCUUGAAUUUACAAUGAUUGCAGCAGCAGUUGAACAGCCAGAUAUUAGCCAAAAACAUACUGUUUCUCGCCAGAUUUCGGAUGUUUCGAUUCUUGGUAGUAGAUCGUCUCAUCCACGACAUGGUAUUUCUCGGUUUGCACCCUAUGGAUAUCGAUUUGCAGCAACCAUGAAAGAUGGAAGUGUUUGUCAGUCACAUGUUGCUGGGGAUUUAGCUGAUCGUGCCCGUUUGAAUGGAGCACGAGGCACUCGCAGUGAUUUGGUGCUUGUUUCCCAUAUUGGUGAAACGACUCAGCUGCAAUCCUCUUUGGAGUAUUGCGAUGCACAGCAAGCAACCACAGGGAUUCGACCUGGCCCAUCAGAUGUGCUCAAGCAUCUACGCGAGGUUGGAUUGGAUAUUGAUUAUCGCAAAGAAGGGAAUGUAAAGCUUCAGCAGCGUAAUGCUAGCAAUUUUUACAAGCGUAUGACAGAAUAUGCCAAAAAAAUGCACAAUGGCGAAUAUCCUAUCAAUUCGGAUAUAUCUGGCUCUGUUGAUGUAGGUAUUUCGUCUAUUGGCAAUGGAUCUUGCCACGAUCCCAAGGAGUUUGAUGGUGUGAAUGCAAUCAUUGAUGCUGCUGCUAUGAUCAAGGAUAAUUUUGCAUUUACUGUUCCAAGUGACUGUUUUUGGACACCUUGCACUGCUGCCUCUGAUGCCGUACCGGGUUGCCACGUUGAGCAUUCCAAACUAAAGCAUGCAGAUUCUGCGGAUUACACCACGUUGAUUUCAACUCAGAAUGUAGACGAAAUAAGUGAUGAUGAACAUGGUUUAACCAUCUCGACCAACGCUGAGGCUUUGCAGACACACAUUCAACUGACGACUGAUUCUGAAACAGAUUUUGAUUGGGGUAUGGAUGAUGAUGUUGACGUUGAUGACGGCGAUGAAGAGUAUGUUGAUAAAAAGUCGAAUCAUGUUGCAUCCCGUCGUCGGUCAAUCUCGAGUGUAUCGCCUCGAUCCAGCCGGGUUCCCUUUUAUAAAAAGUCCAGCAAGUCAUCAAUCAAGCAAUUAUCCAUGUCAUCGCUGCUGAAUUCUGGAUGUACAAAUGGAGAUCAUUCUAUAUCUGUUUCUCAAUGUACCCCACAUCGUACCUGUGCAUCUCGCGAUCUUCCGAUUGGCACAUCGCUUGCAAUGCGAUCGCUAUACAAAAAGGGACUAUCUCGUCACUCGCCGUACGGUACACGAUUCUCAGCCUUGAUGGAAGAUGGCACCAUUCGAGAGUCCUACCUGGCGGGAGAUCUUAUCCAUCGAGCCCGUGCCAGCAGUGGAAGGGGUCGCGGUGACCUCAACCUUGUGCGACAUCAUGGCGAAGCCAGUCAACUUGAAUCAGCAUGGACAUUUUACAAACUCUACACUGCAGUCAACCAUAUUAUUCCUGGCGCAUCGAUUGUUCUUGAUCACCUUCGUAAGGAGAAACUUGAUAUCAACCAUCGUGAGAAUGGUGGAUUGCUGUUACAAAAGAAUGCAGGCAAUCUGCACAAACGUGUUCAAGAGUUUGGACGUCGUAGAACAGAUGACAUGUAUUAUCUUCGUGAAGAUGCGAUGCAUGUUGAAGCCGCAGAUUUUGAAAUGGCUCAAGCCCGUGCUAUUGCCAAUGGAUUUGUCGAGUUUGAUCUAAAUGAUUAUUUAGCAGAGCGAAAGGGUGCUGGUGUAGCACCACUGUAA